CCACUUCCGGUUGCGAAAGCGUUCGGACGUGUGUAUCAUGAGCUCCGUUGGAGCGGCAUCGGCGGCCCAGCUUAGCCGCGGUUCCAGGAUUGAAAUGCCACAGGAUUAUGCCGUCAUUUUGCCCCCUCUGCCAAAUGGGUAUGUGGUUCAGAACACUGUUUUUCUGCACGCAGACGUAAAAGGAAGGCCUUAUCACGCGGAAGAUUUUCGUGAACCCCUUUUUCGACGUGUCCCGCCCACCGAGGUUCUUGCGCUUGGCGCAUAUCAGAUGAAUCACGUGUGGGCGGUGACCUGUAAAAGCGCUGAAGGUGUGAAGAAACGUUUAGCUGAACCGCAAUUGACUGUGAAAGGCCUCAAAUGCAUGGUAAUCGACCCAAGCCACCGCGACGUCCGUCUGAAACUGCAUUGGUUGCUCUACCACGUGCGAGAUGAAGACGUCCGAAAUGCGCUGAUCCCUUACGGGACGGUCGUUGACGUAGGAAUGGAUAAAUGGCGAACUGAUGGCUACACGCAACAGAAUACCAUGACAAGAACCGUGACGCUCCGGCUCAAGGCUAACAUUACGCUGGACGAUAUACCCCACCAGUUACGAGUUGGAGGGGAGCUCGCACUUAUCGUGGCCCUCGGAAGAGCGGCGAGGUGUUUGCGCUGCCAGCAGAUUGGCCACAUUAGAAAAGACUGUCGAGUUCCGCGGUGCGACACGUGCAAACGCUUUGGUCAUGCCCAAGCGAACUGCACGAGGACGUAUGCGGCAGCUACCUUGAACACCGGGGGCACGGAUAAAUCUGAGCUCACUAUGGACGAGGCCGAAGCCGAAGAAUCGGUGAAAUCAAAGGCGGAUUCUGCAGGGAAAACACCAAGUACGGCAGGCAUGACGCAGUUGAAGAAAGAAGCGGCAAAGUCAACUGAAAGUGCAAGGGUGGUGCAACCUAUUGCAGAAUCACCGGUGAAAGCCAAGGUGACUUCUGCAGGGGACACGCCAAGUACAGGAGGCAUGACGGAAGUGAAAGAAACGGCAAAAUCAGCUGACAGUGCGAGUGUGCAAUCUGCCGCAGAAUCAUCGACCAGCGCAAAGGAGGCACAUGUAUCAAAGGAUGUGACCGCUGAAACGAGUGAGAGCAAAAGAACUACUCAGACUGUCCAGGAACCUUCCGACGGUUGUGCCAUGGAGUGGCACGACGCUGAAGAACCCGGGACGGGAGGGAAAAGACCACGAGACGCAGUCCCAUCAGAACCAAAUGAUGCAAGCAGUCAAGAACCGCCUGCGAAAGCGGCUGUCUUUCGGAGGCAGCGGCUGAUGGUCAAGCCAAACGUCGUAGAAGGGGAAAAGAGGCCGGCCAAGCCGCCCCCCUGACGACGCACUAGGUGCGCGCCCCCUGCCCAGAAGGUGUGCCCGAUGACUGAGUAGGCGUUAUUCAGCGCAGACUGUUUGGUGAGCACUUACUUCUACCAUAAAAAUGGCAGUGAGACUUGAGCGAGCAGUACGUUUUGCCAGUAUAAAUGUACGCGGGUUAGCUUCUAGAAGGCGGCAGUACCAAUUGAGUAGAUUGUUUUCGGAGCAUGAAUUCGACGUGAUUGCUGUGCAGGAAACCAAAUUAGCGACUGAGG